GGAGAUGACUGUUACAUCGAAAAAGGAGGAAGAGGAGGAACCUGGAUAUCUGGUUCCGGUUUCCCAAACGCAUCUUAAGGCAUCCAAUGGUUCAAACGAAGAAUUUAGCCAUAAGAUGGUUUUGAGAAACCGUUCCCUGAUUAACACUAGAGAGAGACGGGACUACCGUGGAUCCUCUGGGGAGCCUCAACAACCUCAUGAUGCUGACGAGGCAGAGAAGAGUCUCUCCACAUUAGAACACCCCAAGAAACACCUGCAGAGAUCCACAGGGAAGAGAACUCUCUGCUGCUCUGUCUGUGGGAAGAGAUUCACCUCAUCAGGCAUUACAAUUCAUCAGGGAACACACACAGGGGAGAAAUCUUAUAGCUGUGAUCAAUGUGGGAAGAGUUUUACUACAUCUGGAUCUCUGACUUUACACCAGAGAACACACACAGGAGAGAAACCUUAUAGCUGUACUCAAUGUGGGAAGAGGUUUACUCAACAAUGCAACCUGAUAUCACACCAGAGAACACACACAGGAGAGAAAUCCUAUAGCUGUGAUGAAUGUGGGAAGAGUUUUGCCCAAUCUGGAGCGCUGACAGUGCACCAGAGAAUACACACAGGAGAGAAACCUUAUAGCUGUAGUCAAUGUGGGAACAGUUUUGCUGCAUCAAGAACUCUGACUCAACACCAGAGAAUACACACAAGAGAGAAAUAUUUUGUCUGUGAAUAAUGUGGGAAGAGUUUUGGUCAAUCUGGCCAUCUGGUAUCACACCAGAGAGCACACAGAGGAGAGAAAUCUUAUAGCUGUGAUCAGUGUGCCAAGAGAUACUUUAAUAAAAUAUCUCUGAUCAAACAUCAGAAAAUACAUACAUGAAUGAGUUAUUUCAUGAUAUCAAUGAAAACAUGUCACAAUGUAGAAUGUUUUAACAUUGUAGUAGGAGUAUUUUAAUGACGUCACAAUGUAGAACCCUAAACAUUUGUCCCCUGUUCUAUUGAUUUCAACAUGAUAUGGAUAUUAGCCUCAGGGGGAAAAUCCAGGCUCUGAAAUGGAAGAGUAUUAUUUAACACAAAGUGAUUAACAAAAAAUGGUUUUGUUACACUUACCACGUUCGUGAUCCACUUGAAUCAAAAUGCAACACUUCAAAAUGUAUCAAGCUGUUUUCUGCAAGUUGUCCUCUAACCAGGGAUGUACACAUUACUCCCAGAUUCAGGGUGGUUUUUGAGCUUUUAGCUUUAACAGGACGUGCAACCCCAUCUCUCUCCUCUUGCACAAAUGAUUUUAGCAUGAUAUCGAUGAGUUAUAACAAAUAAGUGUUGUGUUGCUUUGUUUAGUGACUCCUAAAUUUAAAUGCAUCACUCCAACAUGUAGCUGACUGUCUUCUGCAGGUUGUCCUCUAAGCAGCGAGGAAAUGGGAGAUAUCUUUUACCAUGUGUUUUUUUAGUUUCAACAGC